UAUCUUUCAAUAAAAUUUCAUACUAUUUCAGAUUCAAUUAUGGUAUGCAUUUUUUUUAAUCAAAUUCCUUUAAGAAGCCAACUUCUUCACCCCUAAAGUGCAACACCAUUUCUUUUCUUUUAUCUGUGUUUUUAGUUUAAGCAAUGACAUUAGAGGCUGUGAUAUUUCAGCAAGAUUUGUUUGGUCACAACAGCAAUUGGAACCAUGAUUUUGGCCUGGAAAAACAAGAAUCCAAAGAUUCUUUUGCAUAUUUUCCUGACAACCAAACUCCAGAGAUCAAUGAUGAUUUUACUCGUGGAGAUUACUGGGUUGCUUCUUCACCAACUUCACCAAUGGCUGCACUAGUACCCCAUCUCAUUCAUCACCACUGCCCAAAUUCAUCCUGUGAUGCUGCUAAUGUUAACGUAUUAUCAUCCACCUACCACCCUUCAGCUUUCAAUGCUUCAUCGACAACUUGUAAUCGUCGCAAGAGACGUCGAUCCAAGACUCGAAAGAACAAAGAAGAGAUUGAGAACCAAAGGAUGACUCACAUUGCUGUGGAGCGCAAUAGAAGAAAGCAAAUGAACCAAUAUCUCUCUGUUCUUCGAUCUCUAAUGCCUGAAUCUUAUGUUCAAACGGGUGAUCAAGCAUCAAUUAUAGGAGGAGCUAUCAAUUUUGUGAAGGAGCUUGAGCACCAUCUUCAAUGGCUAAGUGCUGAAAUAAAGGUAAAAGAAAGAUCAAACACUAAUGGUAAUCACGGCAGCUGCUCAUCGGUUUUCGAUGAAUUCUUCACAUUCCCACAGUACUCAACAAAUUCAAAACUGGGUGUUGGUAAAGAUUCAAUUUCCAUAAAUGAUGAAUCCCUGGUUGAAACUCAAUCUGUCAGAGCUGACAUAGAAGUUACCAUGGUGGAAAGCCAUGUAAACCUGAGAAUAAGAUCGAAAAAGCGACCGGCACAGCUCUUGAAGGUUGUUUCCUGGCUGAAUAUUAUGGGUCUCAGUGUCCUCCAUCUCAACGUCACAACUGUUGAUCAAACGGUCCUCUACUCCCUCGGUGUUAAGGUAGAAGAUGACAGUAAGCUGAGUUCAGUGGAUGACAUAGCCACAGCUGUGAACCAGUUGUUGUGUAGCAUUCAAGAAGAUGGUUUGCUGAACUGAAAUCUUCCAUGACUUUCAGCUUUUUGUUUUCUCCCUGGCCUACUGUAAUUUUCUCCAUAUAAAGGCCUGUUUCCCCCUUUUAAUCCUUAGUUUCAAUUUAGUUUAGUUUG